AUGGCCUCAUAUCCAUCGACUCCGAAGAGCGACAAGGAGCCUGAAGACAAAGUGACCGCUGAGAUGCGUUCGGCAUUCAAAUUGUUCGAUCAGGAAGGAAAAGGCUACAUCACUAUCGAGAAUCUCAAAAUGGUGGCUCGUGAACUCGGCGAGUCGAUGCUCGAUUCCGAACUUGACGAGAUGAUUCGUGAGGCCGCUGGAGGUUCAUCAACGACCGUCAAUGAGGAGCAGUUCUUCGAAAUUAUGAAGAAAACCUGCUUUUACUAA